CAAGAAGAAGAUUAAGUUUUCACCGGAACCACAUUGAGCGUGCAGUGGGAGGCUUCACAGAGAAAUGCAGAGUGCAGCAGGCAGCGCUAACGAGGCUCAUCCUCUGUUUGGAGGAGCCCUGUCAGCUGUGAUCCCUCACAGCGCCACAGACAUCAGCGAGCUGAGGGAAAUCCCGGACAACCAGGAGGUGUUUGCCCACGCCCACACAGACCAGAGCCUGAUCGUCGAGUUGGUGGAGUACCAGGGUCAGGUGGCUGACCAGGAUGCAGCCAGGUACCACUUUGAGGACAUCGCGGGAAGCAACAAAGCUCUGGAGCCGGGGGCUUUUGAAGUGACCAGUGUUGUGGCUCUGCCCAAAUCUGAGCUGUGCCUGUCAGAGUGCAGCACUGCGUGGAUGCUGUCUGGGACUCAGUGCGUCUCUAAGUUCAAUGAAGAAGCAAGGAAUUCAGUGACCAUCCACUUGGGCCUGUUCCGUCUGCCGCAGUUCUCCACAGAUGUCCUCAUAACAUUUAAUGACCCGCAGAGUAUCAGCCCUGAGAGCAGCAGUGCCUGUGCAGUGGGGACACACCAACAGCCCUGGAUGGUGAAGGACUUCCAGCACCUCGUACAGACUCUGACUCUGCAUAACCCUGGCCUCUUCGGGUAGAGCAAGUCCACUUUUAUGAUGUGGUGUCUCUCGGUCUCUCUCCCUGGAGGACAUUAACAAAAUUUUUAAAAGGCAGACUGGUUAUAGACUAUAUUAUUGAAAUUCUGAGCUUAUUCUGUUUGCAUCAAAUGUCAUACAACACAUCUCCCCGGUGGAAUAGACCCUUUAUUAAAAAGCCACCUUUCCCCUGUACCAUAAUGUAGUUGCUAUUAUGGGGGAAAAUGCUUUGUUGAAUAACCUCAUAGUUAAACUUUUUUAAAUCUCUCAAUCAGUUCAGUAGUUAAUUACAUAUUUUAAGAAUAUUUUAUGCAUGGCGUCAAUGCUAUGGUCUGUUUUAGGGCUGAGAUAUAGUCAGGUGUAUGUUUUGAUGCAAAUAAAGUUUUCAGAGAGCAGCAGCCAUGCUUCUUCCCUGAAACACAGGAGUCCCUGUUAUGCUUUGUUCUAUUUAAAAACUGCACUAUUGUUUAGUUUUAUUUAAAGUUCAAAUGAUUGGUAUGUACCAUGCCACUAUAUUCUGUAGUAAAUCUCACAUAUUGGAUUAAUAUGAGCAAGUUAUCGUUCAUUUGAAGACAUUUCCUUUCUACGUAAAGAUACAGUUGGGUCUUGAAAUGUUUACAAGGUGAUAAAAUUUCAAAAUCAACUUUAAUUUAAGGGCUGAAACAAAAACAAUUAAAUGUUGAAAAAAUUAA